AUGGAAUGCAAUGCAAUAGUUAGAAGAUUAAAACGAGAUGAGAAGAGAAAUAUGUGCAUGAGCAUUAGGAAGCUUAUUUGCAGCCAUCGGCCAUGUAUGUGCCAUAAAGGCAGACAUAAAACCUGUGGCAUAAUCAGAAGAAAAGCAAAAAGAAUAAAACGAAACACUUCUUGGAUUGCAAAAAAUAAAAGCCUCAGCUUAGCUCAGCAACGAGCUGAUGCUGACGAGUUUGGAGUUGAUCCGUAG